GGUUAUUUCCGCCCGGCGAAGUCAGGGCUGCCACUAUUUCUGCUCCCUCUUCCUUUGCCCAUUGCCGGAAUAGCUGCCCUUACUAUGCUGAGAGGGAGGGAGUGCUUCCGGAUUCGUUGAAGUCCCGCCCCUACUGGAGCUGCAAGUGCUGAGAUGGACCUGGAGAAGAUAGCCCUGCCCCCCAGGGGGCCUCUGGAUCUGCCUCUCUCGAUUCUGGAGGUUGGAUGUGCUGGCCGGUUUGAGCUCAUCACUCAAGAGAAGCCUGACGGAGAUGGAUUUCCACUGACCACGCUGCCCCAUGGAUUACCCCCUUAUGCUGAGGAGCUGGCAUCUGAACUGGAGCAGCGUUUCCUCAGCAGCCCAGACUGGCUUCCCAUCCACCACUUUGAGAGGUCUCACAGGUUCUGGCCCCGUGAGAAGGACAUCCAGUCGCUUUUUGAGGUAGAUGUAACCCCCGUGCAUUCAAUGCUUCAAGCUGACCGUAACCCUACUACAGGAGAGCUGCUGGGUUUCAGAGAGGCUCUGGUGGACAAUAUGGGCUUAUCAGCCAAAAAUUCACUUUCCUUUCAGCGGGCACCUGGACCCCCAGCUGAGGCUUUGCGAGGCAGUGCCACCAACUACCCUUUCUGGCCAGGUGGAAUGGAUGAGCCCAGCUUAGAGCAAAUCAAGAUUCAAAGUGACCUGGAAGAAGACAUAGAUUUUGAGAAAGAUUUGCUGACUGUACCACCUGGCUGGAAGAAAGGGGUAGAGUUCACUAAACAAGAGCUCAAGGCCUCCCGGGGCUUGCUCAACUUGACUCACCUGUUGGGGGCACUGGACACUUUUGAGCUGGGAGUCUCCAGUGAUGAAGAAGGCAAGGAGAAGGUUGAGGAAGUGGAGAAGAGAAAGAAGAAGGGGAAAGGGAGGGGAGGAGCCAAGGAAGAAGAAAAGCCUCCUGCGGAACCAGCCCCACUGCACAGGGCAAGCAGCUUGGAAGAACUGGUGCUGAAGGAGGUGGCAUCUGGUCCCAAACCAACCCCACAAACUACCCCAACUCCUGCUGCCGAGCCCCCCAAGGAGCAGUGGGCCAUCCCAGUGGAUGUCAGCUCCCCUGUGGAUGAUUUCUACAAGCGAAUUCCAGAUCCAGCUUUCAAGUGGCCUUUUGAGCCAGACGUUUUCCAGAAACAGGCAAUUCUGCACUUGGAGAAGCACGACUCGGUGUUUGUUGCCGCUCACACAUCAGCUGGAAAGACAGUGGUAGCCGAGUACGCCAUUGCCCUGUCACAGAAGCACAUGACCCGCACCAUUUACACUUCCCCGAUCAAAGCUCUCUCCAACCAGAAGUUCCGGGAUUUCAAGAACACCUUUGGGGAUGUUGGGCUGUUGACGGGGGAUGUCCAGCUGCAUCCAGAUGCCUCCUGCCUCAUCAUGACAACGGAAAUUCUCCGGUCUAUGCUUUAUAAUGGAUCAGACGUCCUCAGAGACUUGGAGUGGGUGAUCUUUGAUGAGGUGCAUUACAUCAACGACUCUGAGCGUGGCGUUGUCUGGGAAGAGGUCCUCAUCAUGCUGCCGGACCACGUGAACAUAAUUUUGCUGAGUGCCACUGUCCCCAACACCCUGGAGUUUGCUGACUGGAUUGGGAGGAUAAAGCGGAAGAAAAUCUAUGUGAUCAGCACACUGAAGCGUCCUGUGCCGCUGGAACAUUACCUGUACACCGGCAACAGUCAGAAAACGCAGAAUGAGCUCUUCCUCCUAGUUGAUGCCCGUGGAAGCUUCCUAACCAAGGGGUACUAUGAUGCCAUGGAAGCCAAGAAGGAACGUGCCAGCAAACACUCUCAGACUUUUGGGGCCAAACAGCCUAUGCACCCAGGAGCUGGGCCAGGGCAGGACAAGAACAUCUGGCUCUCCCUCAUUGACAUGCUGCGUAAAAAAGACCAGCUGCCUGUGGUCGCCUUCACUUUCUCUCGCAAUCGCUGUGAUGAUAAUGCCUCCAUGCUCACCACGGUCGACUUGACUACAUCUUCUGAGAAAAGCGAGAUCCAUGUCUUCUUCCAGAAAUGCAUCUCCCGCCUUAAGGGCACAGACCGCCAGUUGCCUCAGGUUCUUCACAUGGUGGACCUCUUAAAGCGUGGCAUUGGCGUGCAUCACAGCGGCAUCCUGCCCAUCCUCAAGGAAGUGGUGGAGAUGCUGUUCAGUAAAGGACUUGUCAAGAUCUUGUUUGCCACAGAAACGUUCGCCAUGGGGGUGAAUAUGCCAGCAAGGACUGUGGUCUUUGACUCGAUCCGCAAACACGACGGUGCUAACUUUCGUGACCUGGUGCCAGCUGAGUACAUCCAAAUGGCAGGCAGAGCUGGGCGCCGAGGUCUUGAUACCACUGGGAUGGUGAUCAUCCUAUGCAAAAAUCAAGUGCCUGAGAUGGCCGACCUUCACCGGAUGAUGUUGGGCAAACCAACGCAGUUGCAGUCCCAGUUCCGCCUGACGUACACAAUGAUCCUUAACCUGUUGAGGGUGGAAGCCCUUCGAGUGGAGGACAUGAUGAAGAGGAGCUUCUCGGAGUUCCAUGCCCGGAAGGACAGCAAGGUCUAUGAACAUAGGAUCGCUCAACUUAGCUGCACGUUGUCCAAGAUGGAGGCGGCAGAUACAUCAGGACAGCUGAGUGAUCUACAGGAAUAUUACUACGUCGUCCGAGAACUACAGGAGAUCAGAGAACUCAUACAAAGGCGAGUAAUGGAGUCAGUGAAUGGACUGAAGGCCCUUUCUGUGGGGCGAGUGAUAGUAGUGAAAAACCAAGAGCACAAGAAUGCCCUGGGGGUGAUCUUGCAGGUUUCUACUGACGCAGCCAACCGAGCCUUCAACGCUUUGGUGAUAGGUGAGAAGAACCCCACUGAAGGAGACUCGGCUGCAGACCGAGAGAGCGGCGCCACCUCUGCUGCAGAAGUGCCUCUUCCAGAUGAUCUCCUGCGCACCAGGCUCUUCCUCCCAGAGGGCCCCUGUGGACAUACCAUCACGAAACUGGGCCCAGCUAAUAUUUCAGGUAUCACAACAAAGGCUUUGCGAGUCAAUGCUGAGCGCAUCCUGGAUGAUUUCAAGAAGCGACAGAUGCCUAGGUUCAGAAACGACCCUCCUGGACCGUCGGCAGCCACGGCCACCCAGGAGCUUCUGCGUUUGGCCGAGGGCUCCCCCGAAGGGCUGCCACUCUUGGAUCCAGUGAAUGACCUUCAGCUGAAAAACAUAGAGGUGGUGGAGGGCAUGGUGAAGACACGUCGCCUGGAGGAGAGGUUGCCCGAGUUCCAGUGUGUGGGCAGCCCCCGCUUCCACACGGAGUAUAUACGGUUCCGAGAGCAGCAGCAGGUGCAGGAAGAGCUGGAUCAGCUGCGGUUCUUGUUGUCCGACCAGUCCUUGAUGCUGCUCCCCGAGUAUCACCAGCGUGUCGAGGUCCUGCGUACCUUGGGCUACAUCAACGAAGGGGGGGCCGUGGAGCUCAAAGGGAGCGUGGCCCGCCAGAUCAGCAAUCACGAGCUGCUGCUGACCCAGCUGCUGCUGGACAACACCUUGACCGACCUGCGGCCGGAAGAGAUCGUGGCCUUGCUGAGCUGCACCGUCUGCCAGGUCCGCACCCAGGUGGAGCCUCAGCUGCCCUCUGUCCUCCAGAAGGGCAUUGCGCACAUCCGGUCGGUAGCGGAAGAGAUCGCCCUGCUGCAGCGCAAGUGUGGCUUGCAGGAGUCGGUGGAGGACUUCGUGGAGCAGUACAAGUUUGGGCUUGUGGAGGUGGUCUACGAAUGGGCCCGUGGCAUGCCGUUUGCUGAGAUUGCGCGCCUGACGGAUGUGCAGGAGGGGAUCAUCGUGCGCUGCAUCCAGCGCUUGGACGAAACCUGCCGCGAGAUGCGCAACGCGGCCCGGGUUACAGGGGAGCCCACGCUCCAUGCCAAGAUGGAGGCUGCCUCCAACAUGAUCAAGAGAGACAUCGUUUUCGCUGCCAGCCUCUACACCCAGUGAAGCGGGAGGUCGGCUGCCUUUCUGCAUCUCAUCUCUGUGGGACGGGGCAAGGGCCCCUCCCUCUUAAUUCCUGACCUCUAAGAGGUCGCAGUGUGUCUCUCAUGGGAAUAAAGAAAGAAA